CAAAGAAGUACAAAGAUCAUCCAUCCAUCCAUCAUCCAUCGCCCGCCUUCAUAGGCUGCAGAUAGCUCAACAGAGCGGACCUGCGGCACCACACGCACACACACAUGCGUAAUCGACAUACAUGCAGCGCAGCGAUAGGAAUCGGGUUGGUGCGUCUGUACGUACCAGCAGAACGACACAGCAGCCACACACGCGAUGCGAAACUGCGGCUGGACAAGAGGCCCGAAGACCAGCAGAUUCACAGGCGUUCAAAUCAUCCAGUACCUGUGUGUGAGUGACGCACACACACACACACAACACCCUGCAGCCAUGCGCACAGAGGCGACGCUCCCUCCCGGUGUGCUGACUGACUUGGGCAUGAUGCCGCUGAUCUCGGCCACAUAAUCCCCCAGCCCCUCUGACAAACUGCUGCCCCCAUUGAACACGCUCUUGAGCAUAAAGUAGUUGGGCAUAUACACGAAGGGAAUGUACCCCAGGCACUCGGCCAGCGUCUUCCUCACAGCCACCAGCAUCGUCCGCUGAGGGCCGAAGGCUCGGGUGAACACCACGUUGUAGAAAAAGUGCUGAAUGCAGCCCGUCUGAAGGCCGCUGAACGAGGCGAACUUGACUGUCCGCAGAACGUCCCAGCUCUCCGCCCUCUCAAUCUUGAACUGAGCCAGCGUGUCGGAUGCUCCACCCUGCACUCACUCACUCACAGACAGACAGACAGACAGAGCGCUCAGGUCCAUGCAUGUGUUGUAUGUGUUGUGUGAGCGACCGCACCUUGACAAAGCAUGUGGCGAAGGCCACAGCAUAAGGGCUCUUGUCAUAAGCAGCACGAUACGCCUCAAACACCCGAAGGCGCAUCAGAUUAAUUGGUGAACGAACGAGAGAUCUGCAGCAACGCAUACACACGCAGAUGCCGCUGUUUGAAGCAUAUUCAGGCUUCUCCUGCCUCUCUGCUGCUGAUCUGAUCUGCGCGUUUCGUGUGCCCUCCUGCAGAGCGUUG